CAAUCCUACGCAUGGGAGGCAUCUUACACGCGCUCAUGGGACACUGUGCAAGAAGACGAGGGCGGAAGUUUGCAAGGAGCUGUGGCAGAGCUUAUGGCGAGGGGGAGGCGACGGAGCAGGCUCCUCGCGCCUGCCGCCGCCAUCCGCCGCACGAUUAUUCGACAUUUGAUCAUUCUACUCGACCUUUCAUCCUCCAUGAUGGACCGUGACCUGCGUCCGACACGGUUUGACCUUACAUUAGAAUACACCCGUGAGUUUGUCACAGAAUGGUUCGACCAGAAUCCUUUAGGGCAGGUUGGCAUUGUGGGGAUGCGCAGCGGGCUUGGAGAACGGAUCGGCGAGAUGUCUGGAAACCCCCAGGACAUUCUGAAAGCCUUGUCAGAACGACACAAAUUAGAGCCCGUCGGGGAACCAAGUUUACAAAAUGCCAUUGAGAUGGCUCGCAGCAGCAUGAGCCAUCUCCCAACACACUCUUCACGAGAAAUCCUCAUUAUUUUCGGCUCUCUGACAACCGUGGAUCCCGGGGAUGUUUAUGACACCCUCCAAACCUGCGUCAAAGACAAAAUUCGCAUAUCAGUCGUCGCGCUCGCCGCGGAAAUGAAGAUCUGCCGCGAGCUGUGCGAUAAAACAGGCGGCCAAUUCGGUGUCGCCAUGAACGAGGGACAUUUCAAGGAUCUGCUGUUUGAAUUAAUCCCUCCGCCGGCACAACGAGCGGUUCCGCGCGCUGCCGGAGGGGGUACGGCGAACCCGGCGGCCGACCUCAUGAUGAUGGGGUUCCCGUCGCGCCUCCCAGACACGUCACCGCCUUCGCUGUGCGUGUGCCAUGCGGACCUGCGCAGCGCGGGAUUUCUGUGUCCGCGCUGCCUCGCGAAGGUCUGCGACGUGCCGACGGACUGCGACAUCUGCGGUCUCAUGAUCGUGAGCUCGCCGCAUCUCGCGCGGAGCUAUCACCACCUGUUUCCGGUGAAGCCGUAUGCUGCUGUCACCACGCUCGAUGAUACGCCCAGCCCGGCUGCGAGCUGUCAUGCGUGCGCCCUGCCGUUCGAACAGCUGCAGGGAGCCACGACCGUGUUGACCGAGGGCAUGAGUCCGCUAGGUCGCUAUCGCUGUUCAGACUGCCACCACGAUUUCUGCACAGACUGUGACGUGUUCGUGCACGAUGUAGUACAUUGCUGCCCAGGGUGCGAGAAAUAA